CCGGUUACAGACAGCAAUUGCCCCAACCUUGUCAUAUAGCUACGAACUGUAGAUCAGCAGAGCAACAAUAUUGUUGUAUCGCGUACAGCAGUACAGGCUUUUUUGCCACAAAACCAAGGAUCUGUGACGUGUGAGAUAUAAGCAGAAUUAGUAGUCAGCAAAUACACCUAUACAUAGCAACUAUGAAGAAGAGGGACUCCGUAUUCGUGCUUGCUGUUCUCUGUGGUGUCAUUGUCACCGCACAUACGCAGCAACAAAGGCAAUUUCAGUACCCACCACAAGUACAGUCGGAGCAGCAAGAGGCCCACGAGCCGCACCCACGGCUACGAGAAUCACAGCAGCAUCAGCCAGAGCCGUCGUCCACCACACAAGCUGAAGAUAAAAAAAAGCAGACACAACAGCAAAAACAGACGCCGAGCAGGGAGCCAUUUCGUUUAAAUUGGGCACCAUUUGCACACCGCAAAUCAAGGUGGUACCAGGACAACCAGAACCAGCGCCAGAAUCAGCAUCAGAACCAGGAACAGAGCCAGGAGCAGAGUCGGCCGUGUGGAUAUAACCCAGCCCAAAAUGAAAUCGGCAACAACCAUGCUAGACCGUCACUCACGGAUACCAAUGAAGCGGUGGUACACUGCGUUGCUAGGUUGGGAAUCACAUUGAAAGAGGCUAUCGAAGCCCUAAAGGCGUACCUUAACCCCAUUUUGGGAAAUCUCAUCAAGAAAGAAGGACAAUCUUUGAAGCAUAGACGCGUCGUCAGAAAAAUCACUGCUCAACAGCCGGAAGGCACGAACGGAGUAAGAGGUGCCAAAUAUUAAGGCGAAUUGAAGCAGAAAACAAAAUGGGGGAAUACACGGACACGUUUGGAUACUAAGCUCUGAUACUCCUCUUCUUGUUUAAAAAUGUGCCUAUUUUUCCUUUGUCAGAGAAUAUUAUAGGUUUUACAUAAACGCGUAUGGGAGCAGUACAUGCUUCCUUUGAAUGCUAGA